UUAUUUUGGUAGUGCACAGGAGGAGUGACGAGACACCGGUGCAGCAGCUACACAGCUGCAUCCGGUCGCAGUCAUUCACGUUUGUUACUGAAAUUGGGGUUCUUUCCCCACAAACCUACCUCACAGCUUAAACCUCACCCAGUGAGUCAGGUUCAUUCAUGUAGGUUACAGUGUCGUAUGUUUUGAAAUUGUAAUUUUAUCAAAAAUAGUUAAAGAAAAAGACAAGCUAGGAGAACAAACGUCAUGAACUUGUGACUAAAGUGAACCGGACCUGGUGUCAAACUACCCAGUGAGUUCUAUUAAAUAGUUUUGUUGUGUAUCAUGGUGCCACUAAAACGAAGAAAAACUCUCCCCUCGGAUGCUGGGAAUACUGUGAGUGACAGCAGUGGACAUAAGGUACCAAACAAGUUCUCUCAAGUUGUUUUGUUCCUGUUGGAAAGAAAAAUGGGAGCCAGCCGAAGAUUUUUCCUCUCUCAACUCGGACGAAAUAAAGGCUUUCAGGUGGCGGACGUGUUCAGUGAAAGCGUCACACAUGUUAUUUCUGAGAAUAACUGUGGCACUGAGGUCAGGACGUGGCUAGAGUCUCAGGGAAGGGGUCAGAGCCUUAGAGUUCACCUCCUGGACGUCAGCUGGUACACAGAGAGCAUGCGUGCUGGUCAUCCUGUGGCGAUAACACAUAGACAUAAACUACAGGAGCAGCAGAUCAGUGAAGCAGAGGUUGCUUUGUUCUCAGUAUCCAGCUAUGCCUGUCAGAGACGAACCACUCUGGACAACCAUAACAGCAACUUGACUGAUGCCUUGUCGCUUUUAGCUGAAAACGCUGAGCUCAAUAAUGAGGACGGACGAGGCGUUGCCUUUCGACGAGCUGCUGCCUUGAUGAAGGCGCUCCCCACACAGGUGAUAAGCAUGUCACAGCUCAGGGGUCUGCCUUGUCUUGGAGAACACUCGCUUAGAGUUAUAAAAGAUGUUUUGGAGAAUGGAGUGUCAAGUGAGGUUGAAUCCACCAAGCAGUCAAAGCGGUACAAAGCACUAAAGAUUUUGACUGGUAUUUUUGGAGUUGGAGCCAAAACUGCUGACCGAUGGAUUAGAGAGGGAAUAUACAACCUUGAGCAGUUACGAGAUUCAGGACAAACACUGAAUCGAGCACAAAAAUCAGGUCUUGAGCACUACGAUGACCUCAACGAGCCGGUCACUAAAGCAGAAGCAGAUGCCAUCGGGGAGAUUGUGCAGAAAGCCGUCGAUUCUGUGCUAACAGGAUCACAGGUUGCUCUGACCGGAGGAUUCAGGAGAGGGAAGCUGACGGGCCACGAUGUUGACUUUCUGAUAACGCACCCAGAGGAAGGCAAAGAGGUGGGACUGAUGCCUAAAGUGGUCGCCUGGUUGGAAUCACAGGGAUUUCUGUUGUACCAGAAAACUACCAGAAACUCAUACCUGGAGUCGAAGGAUGGCCCUGCUCGGCCUGCCUCCAACAUGGACCGCUUUGAAAGGUGUUUCUCCAUCUUUAAACUGACCAAAGGGAAGGAACAAGAAAGCACGCAGCCAGAGGAGCAAAAUGAUCUGAAAACCAAGGACGUUCUCAGACCUCACAUGCAGGCGGACACAGAUCAACAAUUAUGUGAGCUCAGUAAGAAUUACCAGAUGGAAGCUGCAUCACACAAAAUAUGGAGAGCUGUGAGGGUGGACCUGGUGGUCUCUCCGAUCAGUCAAUUUGCUUUUGCUGUGCUGGGCUGGACCGGAUCCAAGUUGUUUGAGAGGGAGCUGCGACGUUGGGCUGGGCACGAGAAGAACAUGUCUCUGAGCAGUCACGCCCUAUUUGAUAAUACACAGAAUAAAUAUCUGAGAGCUACAUCAGAGGAGGAGAUAUUUGCUUAUCUUGGUCUGGAGUACAUCCCUCCAUCAGAGAGAAAUGCUUGAAGUGGCCUGAUCAGCUGCUAUACUGCAUGCAAGCAAGAGCUGGAGGGCAGAAUAAAUGCGUCUGUUGGAAGGGCGGCCUCAUGGCAUGGAGUUGCUGUGUAACUACUAAAGAAAUAUUAUGUGAUUGAACUCAACGAUGACACCCACUCAGCUGACUGAAAUCUUCUUAUUACAUGAAUACAGAAUUUUAUUUAUUAAUGAAAUCCACUAACCAGAACUGAGCCUGUUUAGUUUUUUUAAUAAAUGUGAAAUUUAUAACUGAAAGAGUGAAAACAAACCUUGCUUCCAGUCACAGUGUAAUUUCAGAAAUUUUACAGACUUCCUAUUUACAUAUAAUUUAUGAAUUUUUGGGCCACAAAACGCACACAAACAACUGAUAUGCGAUAAGGAACAUAUGAUUAUAGAAUUUUAUAGAUUUUAUGAGUGCAGGAGCCAUCAAGUGGCUUUAUAGUUAUUUCAACCAUGUGCAGUGGUACAGUACACAGUGAAACGAGACAGUGCGCCUCCAACACUAUGCUGCUACAUAUAACUUAUAAGGCACAAUCAACACAGGACUACAUAACGUGCAACACCAGAUACAACACAUUGCAGACACAACAGUGCAAUAGAAAGGUGCAACAAUGACAGUAGGUUGUGCAAAAAAACCUUGAUGUAUGAAAGUCUGUGUGUACAUGACACUGUACAGAUAAAUGCUUGAGGUAGUGACAUGUAUAAACGUAUGUGUGUGUGUGUCAGUCCAGUCACUGAUUUUUUAGGAGUCUGACGGCUUGGGGGAGGAAACUUUUUUGCAGUCUGGCAGUGAGGGACCAAAUGCUCCGGUACCUCUUGCCACAUGGCAGCAGGGUGAAGAAGCUUUUACAACAGGGCAAUAGGGGCCUAAUCAAUGCUAACAGCUGAUCUUAUUGGCUACCUCCCUGGACUUUUUUGGGGGGGGGCAAUAAUAAUAAUAACGAUAUGCAAUAAUGCUGCAUUUUAUCACACAUCUUGUAUUUUUGUGCCGCUUACAUAAACCUUACUCAGAGGAUUGAAAACUGUUAUGUUUUAUGUAAAGACAAGAUGGCUGUUAGGUUUAUUUCACCACAUCCACACCUGUGUCACGAUGACCUACAUUCAGCAGCAUCCUUAUCACCUUAUCUGUACAUAUAGCUGAAAAGAAACCCACUCAGCUGUUCUGAGAAUAUACAGUGUGAGAUCUCGCAUGUGAAUUAAACAUUUGCGUUGGAGUGUUUCCAUAUCAGUUCUUCUUCUGUUCAACCACACUAAAGAUAGACUGCAGUUUUUAGUGCAAUACAUUGUGCACUACUGAUAGAAAAGGUUCAGGAAGACCUGCUUGUUUUUAUUUUCUGAUAUACAAUAUAUACUGUUGCAGUAAUGCUUCUCAUGAUAAAUAUGUCUUGAUGCAUUUUCAAUCAUUCAGGUAAAGAAAUUCCAACUCUGUUCGAAACGUUUGAUUAGCACUGUUGCCUCACAGCAAAAAGGUCCUGACGUGCGCUUAGUGGGGUUUGGUUAAUUGGUGAUUCUAAAUCACCCAUAGGUGCGAAAUUUCUCUGCGACAUACUUGUGGUCUGUCCAGGUUGUACCCUGCCUCUCAUACUAUGGGAAGCUGUUCCAGAUGUCACUGACAACGGUUAUCUCCAGUAUUGUAAUCUCAGAAACAUAUCUCUAACUGUGAGCAGGAAAGUCCCACCCACCUGCUGUUUGAAACCACAUGUUUGUGAGGAAUCAUAAGAAGGUUGGCUUAAAGAGGAGCUAACAGAGCUCUUUCUGGAUAAUGGAUGAGAUGGGAGUGGAGAAGGGUUUGACAGCAGGCUUUGUUUCUAUUUCUACUUUUUGAAACUCCCGGAACGACAAUUAAGCCUGUAUUUUUUAGAGUCCUGCAAUAAAAAAAAUAAAGUUGUUUUAAAUCUAAGAACCAGAUUUUCAGCAUCACACUGAGGCAGGAUGUUUCUCAUUAAAAAAAAAAUUCCUCUUAAAGAAGGAAAUCCUGGGUAUUUGUUUAAUGAGCAUGCUGAAAGUCAUAUCCCGGUCAAAAGUUACUCCAAACUUUCUCAGUGUUCUUGCAAACCAAGGUAAUGUCACCCACAGUAAGUGUGUUGUGGAACCUCUUUACACAGGUACUCUGUAACCUACACCCUAACCCAGGGGUGGGCAACUCCAGGCCUUGAGGGCCAGUGUCCUGCGGGUUUUAGAUAUCACCGUGGGUCAACACAACUGAAUCAAAUGAUUAGUUCAUUACCAGGCCUCUGCAGAACUACAAGAAAUGCUGUGGAGGUAAUUUAGCCAUUUGAAUCAUCUGUUAUUUUGGAUAACACCGGCCCUCGAGGCCCGGAGUUCCCCACCCCUGCCUUAACUAAAAUGAGACGCAACACUAUGGAGCAAUUUAUGUGAAGACUUUCUGCAAAAAUCCAAAUAAUGUGACUUUUAUGUAGACCGGGGUGGAAUAAAAAUGAUCAAUACUUCAGUGAAAUUACUCAUUUAUAAUAAUAGCACCACCCACUGUACUUGCUACAGUAGGUAGCUAAAUAAGGACUUUGACUGAACCCCCUGAGUUUGCUAACUCAGUUUAUCCUUUGUCCCCAAAUGUUAUUUUGAUGAGUGAUUAAUAUACAUAUGGACACUAUCACUAAUACUAAUACUAUAAUACUAUACAAGGGUCCUUGCAUCAUGUCUUGAUAACUCUAAUGAGAAACUCUAAUGUUCUCGAUCUUAUCUGUUGUUCUAGCGUUAUUCCUCAACAUUAAGAACACUGAUAUAACUGGCUUCUUCAGUGAAGUUGACAGUCUUCCUGAUGAUAGACAGGAAUAGAUAAAUGAUUCUCCAUCACAGGGUUUUACUACUAGAAUGGAAUAAACAGUCUGCUGGAUGCUUUUGCACCUUUGAAAACUUCUCACUGUUUUACUUCAGAAUUGCACCAACAUAAAGAAAAGGAAAUCACCCUUUUCUCUAAACAGCAUCCUUCAACUACCUGACAUUUUUUCCACCUCUGUUUUACUGCCCUGAGCAGUGUAACAAUUUUAGGGUUUUAAUAAUAUUCACUGUGUGAUGAACGAUCUGGAUUUAUUAAGAAAUCUAAACCUUCUGCUGCAUGUAACCCUGACCCACUUUCAUGUGGUUAAGUUCUGCUUAUUCUCUCUCGCUCCUUUAAUAAUUAACAUUAUACAGUCUUCCCUAAUCUCUGGCUUUGUCUUUCUAGAAAAACAAACAGUUGCAGUACAAAUUUACAAAUUCACUCUCACCUUACAUCAUACCCGUCAGUCGUUUUUGCAUUUGAACAACUUGAGUCUCUUUUUUUUUUCACA